AUGCCCGCCAAAUCAGCAAAGGGACGCGGACGCAGACGCAGACGGCAUACCUGGGCCAAAGGAAGCAAACUCAUGUUCCUCGAAAGCUUCAAGGACGAGUAUCUCGCGACUGCGGACCCUGGAGGGGUCUAUACCAAGGUCACGGCCCUGUACUUGGAGAAGUACGGAUACGACCUUCCUCAUGAUGCCGUACCAUCGGACACGCUUCCCGCUAUUCCCAGUAUUGAUGACCUGCCAUACGCGGAACAGUUGGCCGAGCAGGAGCGUCGCGAAGACAUCAAAGCACAAAUGCGGCUGCGAAUCGGAAACUGGCUUCGCCACCGCUACAAACAAAAACAGACGGACCAGGACAUGAUUUUGGAAGUACUUCAGACGAUGUCGACCUUAUCUGCUCAGCGCCCACACCGUCGAACCCCAAUGAGCAUAUACUGGGCCGAGAACUAUGCGGUACGGCUUCGCAAAGACUUCGAGGUUAUCUGGAACAAGGCGAAGGACAAGGCCUCACCUGAUGCGCGUAUAUCCAUGUGUACAGCAUAUGUGACUGCCAGAUACGCGGCCGAGACUCCUGCUUUCAGGAAGGAGCUUGAAGAGAGGGCGGAUAGGGAGUAUGCUGAAGCUUUAGAAGCGUACAACAAUCGAAAUGUUGUUGAUGGCAGCCCUGAAGCAUUGCAUCAAGUUUGGGAAGAAGCAGAUAGCUUCCUCCAUGUGUUUGUGGAUGCAAUCGCGAAAAAGUUUGGCAUGAGCGUGUCGCUGCUAUUAGUCGGACCUCUUGGCGCGGAACAAGGGAAGAUAAGCAUGCGAAGCGCGCAUUCGAGCAAUCCUGGCAGUAUGACAAACCUCAUCUGGCCCGAGUUUGACAAACAAGGGUUCAGAAAUGUGCAAGCUUCACUCAUCAAAUAUGGCGAAUCAGUCUUCUCUCCUGCAGAAUGCAAGCGGCGUAUCAUCUCGGUUAGCUCAGAGACAGAAGCCGAUGAAGGCCUAUCGAUAUCACUGCCAGAUACUGCGCCCCCCUCACCACCUGUCGAAGAACCCGAAGAAAGGCUUUCUGACAGCGACCAAACUCUAGAUGGGAAGGGGCUGUACCAUAUGGAUGGCACGCAGGUGGGUGCUGCACCUGGAGCCGGAACGUUCACCCAACUCCUUGGGGGCUUUUGGGACGACCCAGCAAACUAUGAGGAUCUAGGAAACUUCGCGUUCAUGCAGUCACAGAUACCAGUACCAUCUCCGUCUACGCAGCCACCACUUCCCGUGCAAUUUUUCCAACCACCUACAGUUCCUCAGCAAACGGAAAUAGCGCCAAUAGCGCCAAUUCAAUCGCCGUUCACACUCCCAGUCGCUACAGGUCCAAUUACGCAGACGGCAUCCAUAUCGCCACCGACUCAACCGCCGUUUACUCAGCCAGUCGCUACGGGUCCAAUUACGCAGACGGCAUCCAUAUCGCCACCGAUCCAACUGCCGUUUACUCAGCCAGUCGCUAUGGGUUCAAUCACACAGACGGCAUCUAUAUCGCCACCAACCCAACCGCCGUUUACUCAGCCAGUCGCUACGGGCUCAAUUACGCAGACGGCAUCCAUAGCGCCGACCCAGCCAUCGUUUAUGCAGCCAGUCACCACGGGUCCGAUUACGCAGACAGCACCUGUUCACUCCCACGAGCCAGUCCCAACUGCGCCGGUUGGGCUUAUGGCAACUCAACCGUCGUUCACGCAGCCAGUCGCAGCGGGCCUAAACACGCAGACGGGAGCGCCAACUCAGCCAUCGUUUAUGCAGCCAGUCACCACAGGUCCGAUUACGCAGACAGCACCUGUUCACUCCCACGAGCCAGUCCCAACUGCGCCGGUUGGGCUUAUGGCAACUCAACCGUCGUUCACGCAGCCAGUUGCAGCGGGCCUAAACACACAAACGGGAUCCAUAGCGCCAACUCCACCCUUACCUACGUCUGUGCUGCCUUUGCCCCAAUCCCAGCAGGCGGUCUCUAUUCCGCUGAUCCCCCCCGUUCCACCACAUGCGGCAAUACUGCCAGCCGAUCCGGAGUCGUCACCAGGGAAAGAGAAUGCACAUCCCACGACAAAGGAAAAGCAGACCGGGGCCGGCAAGGAGGAGCAACCCAACGCAACCCAGAAGGGAAAACGAACUCGGACAAGCAAGGAGGCGCGGGGGGAUGAGCCUCAAACGAAAAGACAAACGCGAGCGCGCAAGGAGGUAGAUGAAGGGCCGAUACAACAAGAGAAGCGAAUCAAGAAGCUGCCCCCCCACCUUGUCGCCAUUGGUUACGUCGCUCCAUCCAAGGGGAAGAAGCAGAAUAAGAAGAAAUGA